CCAGAGUAACUGGAUGAACAGAAUUUGAAACAUAAAACAGUUUUUAAUACUCGGCCUUUAUUGCAGUUGCCUUCAGAUCCUGCUUGUUUGUGGGUCUCUACCUUCAGUGUUGUCUUCAGUAACUGAAAAGCAUGCUCUUUUAGAUUUAAAUCAGGUGACUAACAUGGCCACUAAGGACAUUUCAUUGCCUUGGACCAAUCUUGGAUUGCUUUUUCAGUAUACUGUGGGUCAUUUUCACUUACACUGUGAAGUUGCGUCCAGUCAGUUUUGCAGCAUUUGUCUGAAUCUUAGCAGAAAGUACAGCCCUGUAUACUCCACACUGGCUACUUCUGCCAUGCCAUAACAUUUUCUCCACUGUGUUUGACAAAUAAUCAUGAACGAUUCCUUUCCUUUUCUCCUUUUAGAAAUCUUAUCACCUCAUUUUGAUUUUUUGCUUUAGUCUAAUUUGAGGUUUUCAUUUCUUUUUAUUGCAAAUGCUGCAUCUGCAAUGAAGGUGCUUUACUCUCGUGAAGAAAGGUUGAGGUGCUGCACUUCUAGAAGCCCAUGCACUGCCCCAUGCAGUCCUUUUGUCAUCGUGAUUAUGAGAUGAUAGUGAGAAAGCCCCUCUUUGAACCAGUGCUGAUACAGGGUUUCCUCUCAUCGCAGUGUGACUUGUGAACAAUGCUGGAGUUCAUAUUUAUAACAGAUGAACAGGAGCUGCAAGCAGAAUCACUUACACGAGUAUCAUCUGCGCGCUGCUUGAGCGGAGGAGUUAACUCACUAUAUAUUUGCUUACAUUUGAUUACUGAGCUAGAAAUAGUCACGAAUCAACAUCUUAUGCAUUUCUGUUUCUUUAGAUUUCUGUUUCUUUAGAUUUAGCAUUUUUUCCGCUCAAUGUGUCCGAUUGAUAAAGAUGAUCGAUUUGAAGGUGUCCGUUGUUGUUUCGACUCAGGUUUGUCUAGAGAAGCAAGUCAGAAGGAAGUCUGCAACCAUUAAAAAAACUUAACGUGUCAGCUGGUUUAACGUUUCAGUCAGGAAGCGAGAAAGACAAUGCGGAAGAUAAUAAACGCCGUGCAGUUGUGUGUGGGUGCGCGCACAAUGGCGCGCGCGUGAGUAAACCGCGUAGAAGCGCGAGCCACCAAAGAGGGGUUCCCUUUACCUUACAGUCGGCGAAGGGUGCAGAGCAGCGAGCUUGGCUCAGGCUUGUUCUUCUUCUUUUUAAAUGCGUUUAAGCUUGGACAGCAAACAGCGACGGAGAGCUGCAGAGCAUCGAGUGGAUAAGCGCUCCUUUUGGUCUGCGUUUGAACUUUUCUCAAAGUGAAAUGACCAGAUUUGAAGGUUAGAGUGACGCGUCUUUGCGCCUGUAGUCGUGCGCUCUCACGACGAAUUCAGCUCGCCAAUGCCCAAGGAGUGCAGGAGAAAGAGCUCCAAGGACUUCGGGUUCUCGGUGAGUGGGAUAAAUGAGGCGUCUCGUUUAGAGCGAAGAGUGGCUGCCAAGUCUUCGCAGAUUUGCGAUGAGCUCAUUGAGACAGCCGCUCAGAUCGCCCCGUCGUCCGGACCGCCGAUUGUGAUGGAUGCGCCCCGGGUACCGCAGGUCACCAUCACCCCGGAGGGGGGCGGCUGCUCCCGGGAGAUGCAGCAGGAGGACUGGGAUCGGGCGGUGGACGGUACGCUGCGCAGGAAACUGUCCAACUCCUCGAUCUCCUCCACGGGAUCCUCCGCCGUGGAGUCCGAGGAUGAUCUACUGAGUGACAACGAGAGCAAAAGCAAAGGCAUCGUCACUUUAGAGCAUCUGGUGGACCCCGGAGAAAGCAAACCACCGUGGUGGAAGCUAAAGACGUUCGUCCACUGGCCAUUCAGUGUGUCCCAGAGGAAAAGAAUAAACUGGGUCCAGUUAGCCGGGCAUAAAGGCAACUUCAAAGCAGCAGAUGAGGGCACCAUUCUGAAAAAGUUCUCAGAGAACGAGAUGCAGUGUUUUGAGAAGCUGAGGAAUGACGCAUUGCUCCCGUUUGUGCCUGGAUACCACGGUGUUGUGGAAAAAGACGGAGAGUCUUUCCUUCAUAUGACUGAUUUACUGGCAAACUUUGACCUUCCUAAUGUUAUGGACUGCAAAAUGGGAGUAAGGACCUACCUGGAGGAGGAGCUUGUGAGAGCGAGGGAACGGCCCAAGCCGAGAGAAGACCUCUAUAACAAAAUGGUGGAGGUAGACAGCGAGGGGCCAACUCCUCACGAGCAUUCCCAGCGGGGGGUCACCAAGCCUCGUUACAUGCAGUGGAGGGAGUCCAUGAGCUCCACUAACACCCUGGGCUUCAGGAUAGAGGGAAUCAAGAAAAGUGACGGCACAUGUCGAACUGACUUCAAGAAAACAAGAUCGAAGCGGGAUGUCAUCCAAGUCUUCAAGGACUUUGUCGGUGGAAACGUCAACAUUGUGAAGUCAUAUUUGAGCAAACUGACAGAGAUCCAGCAAGCCCUGAAGACAUCAGAGUUCUUCAAGCGACACGAGGUCAUUGGCAGCUCCCUCCUCUUUAUCCAUGACCAUACGGGCAACGCGCAAGUCUGGAUUAUUGACUUUGGCAAGACCACGGCAUUACCAGAGGGCCAGACAUUAAGCCAUGACAUUCCCUGGCAGGAGGGAAACCGGGAGGAUGGUUACCUGUGGGGUUUGGAAAACCUCAUCCACACACUGGAGUCUGUGAGCAGUGCCGCCGGCGCAGAAACCAGUAGCUCGGUUACCAAAGAAAACAGCCAAAAUACAGAAACACACAGCCAGUGACCUUUGACUCAACGGGUUUAAGGAACAGCAACUAUAUUGAUGGACACCGCGGGAUGGUUUCAGAUAUGAUUGAUUGGUCUGGGUUAUUUUUUUUAAGCACAGAAUACUAAAAAUGAAAACAAGAACAUGACGGGCAUCAAACGUAGAUCCGAGGCUCAGGUUUUCACCGUUUUUACUGUUAUGUGACCACAUUUAGCACUGACAAAAAAAACAAAAAACGAUGCUGUGCGACGGAUGCUGAACAGAGGGAAGCAGGGAGUUUUGUCACUAUAAACAAAAUGAUUGAGAAAAUGCACCGACACUAAUUCAGCCUCCUACACGAUGAACAGAAGUAGAAGUGCAGGCAUUGUGCAUUUCCCUUUCAGGAUGUUACAAGUGAAAAGCCUCAUAAAAAUGUGCCUGUUCAUUGUCUCAAGAAGAGAGCGAACGAGCACAAGUUACAGACUCAUUCUCACGUUACACCACUUACUGUAACCAUCAGCCUUCAGUGUAUUAUUAAAGGUUGGGGUGUAUGUUCAGUAUGUAACUGUUUGGCUCACAGACCUCACAGUUAUAACUACAAAAUAUAGCACAUUCCCAGUAUAGCACAGUCUACUGCGUAAUGACUGGAGUGUAUUAUGUGUGUUAGUCUCUGGUGAACUGUCUUUCAUUGUAUAGCAGAUUAUUUCUCUUUAAUCAAGUUCAUUCCUGUGAUCAAACUUGUAAUCAUUUUUAUUUCCGGUGAUGGACGUCAUCAAAUGUAAAUGAAAUUAAAAUGGGAACAACGUUUUUCUUCUAUCUUUAAUAGUGGAACACUAU